AUGCACGUCACUACUCUUCUCGUCGUUGCUUCAUUCGCCCUCGGUGCGCUCGCCAAAGGCAAGCAGUCAUGUGGUUGCGGAAAUGCAGCACUGGAACACUGCUUGACCACUAAGGGCGUCCCCUUCAAGGUCAAAUGUGAUUCCGAUUGGGCAGACUACAGCACGACCAUGAACCUUCGACUACCAAUUACCCCUGCUGCCAUUACCGUCCCACGCGACAACAAGGAUGUCUCGCACGCUGUUGUGUGUGCAAGCCAACAUGGACUCAAGGUCCAGGCCAAGUCUGGCGGUCAUUCAUAUGGGUCAUACAGCUCUGGCGGUAUUGACGGCCAAGUUGUUGUGGAUCUUCGCCACUUCAACAAAACAACCUUAACACGGGACAAUAUUGCUGUCGUCGGCGGCGGAGUUCUCCUAGGCCCAUUGGCCACGGCCUUGUACAAGCAAGGAAAACGGGCUGUGUCUCAUGGAGUUUGCGGGGGGGUUGGCAUUGGCGGCCACGCAACCCACGGCGGUUGGGGCUUUACCUCACGGGCAUGGGGUCUUACACUUGACCACAUCGUUGAACUGCACGUCGUGUUGGCCAAUGGCACAGAGACUCGCGCCAGCCCAAGGGUAAACCCGGAUUUGUUUUGGGCUCUCCGUGGAGGUGCAGACAGUAUUGGGAUUGUCACCAGCUUUUCGUUGCGGACACAUCCAGCCCCUGAAGAGGUUGUCAACUUCAACUACCAGAUUGGAGCUGCCACAGAGACCGUCAAUCAAGGCGUCGACAUUUUCACAAAACUCCAAAGUUUUAUCAGCAAUGCCACAGUGGUUGACCGCCGUACGUCCUUUGCGCUGCAGACGCAUGUGAACCCAGACCCGGCUACUGGCGCCUACAGCAAGAUGUUCAUAGUGACUGGGACAUUUCUCGGGAGCCUCGCUGAAUACAACAAGUCCAUUGAGCCAGAGAUGUUCCGUGGCAUCCCAGCUCCCACCCUCCACGAUGUCCAAUCGUUUGACUGGCUUACUUCGCUGGCCCAUCUCAGCCCUGACGGCAGCUUGGCGGGCGGUCCGCUUAACCUCGCUUUCUUCGCCAACAGUGUCACCGUCGACGACCCAGGCAUCAAUGAAGAGGCCCUCAAAAACUACUUCACUUACAUACUAGAGGGACCCCCUCCGCCGGUACCGUACCUGUCCAGCGUGGAGCUGUGGGGAGGCGCCGACGGACAGAUCAAUCUGGCGGAUAAGAACGACACCUUCGCCGCGUUUCCCCAUCGCAACAUCUUUUGGACCGCAAACAACCAAGCUGGGGCCCCGAACUUCCCCUUCCCUAGCGAGGGAGUACCGUUUCUGAACGGCCUCCGCGAUGCUCUUCUUGAUGGGCUUACCGUGCCCUCCGCUGGGUACCAGAACUUGCUGGACGUGACGCUGACUCGUGAAGAGGCGCACGCUUUGUAUUACGGAGAUGUUGUUUUGGAGAGGUUGCAGCGUGUGAAGGCCGCAUAUGACCCAAAGAAUAUCUUUUGGAACCCGCAAUCAGUGUAA